UCGACCUGCUCAGCGUGGAUCUGUGGCCGCCUUCCUCUCCGCAGCGCCCCGAAGAGAAGAAGCUCGGCCCGAGCGGGAAAUACUGCUUUUUGGUUCCAUUUAUCGGUGAAGCCGGAGCUCAUCAUGCCUCGUUCGUUCCUGGUCAAGAAGUAUUUUUCCAACAAGAAGCCCUUCUACAGGGAAAGCCAACUGGAGAGCCAGACGGCUUAUGUCCCAGAAAGCUUUGCACAAGCUGAGCUCCCGACGCAGAACAGCAGCUUCGCUCUGACCUGCUUCCCGACCGGCCCGUUCUUCAGCGCCAUGGACGUCCUGCCGGCGCCGCUGUCCCCAAUCGCGCCUGCGUCUCCGUCCCCCUCGCCGCUCAGGCCCCUGGACCUCAGCAGCUCUCCCUCCAGCAGCGAGGAGGAGGAAGAGGAGGAGGACGGCGGGCGCACCUCAGACCCCCCCAGCCCGGACGCCAUGCAGCACGCGUUCCACUGCCUGCACUGCGCCAGCAGCUACACCAGCCUCUCUGCGCUGUCCCAUCACCAGACGUCCCAUCACCAGACGUCCCGUCCACCCGCCGAGGGCCCCGCCCGCCCGGCCUUCCACUGCAAACACUGCCCCAAGGAGUACACCAGCCUGGGCGCCCUGAAGAUGCACAUCCGCUCUCACACGCUGCCCUGCGUGUGCCCCACCUGCGGGAAGGCCUUCUCCCGACCGUGGCUGCUGCGAGGUCACAUCCGCACACACACAGGUGAGCGGCCCUUCGCUUGUCAGCACUGUAACCGGGCCUUCGCCGACCGCUCCAACCUGCGCGCCCACCUGCAGACCCACUCCGAGGUCAAGAAGUACCAGUGUGGCUCCUGCUCGCGGACCUUCAGCCGCAUGUCACUGCUGCUCAAGCACAGCGCCUCCGGGUGCUGCCCUGCCUCGUAGGACCCCUCCCUCAGAGCCCCCCCCCCCCUCCCGAACAAGAGACAUUAAACCCCAGAGAAACGAGCCGUCCUCUGCCCAGGACCCGUAGGUACGUCCCGGCCGGUCAGCUGCGUGGACGUGUGAUUUGAGGGCAGCUGGACAUCCAGUUAAUUCCCAGGAAGCUGCAUCGGUGCCGGCCGGUCCGGGACUCGGGCCACGCAGCAGCUGUGUGUGUGUGUCAUUCCUCACCAUACAUGCAUGGUGUGUGUGUUAGGACAGCUGUCUGCACAGUGCGCUGAGAGACGCGCUGGCUGUGACCUCGUCGACAGGUGACCCGCUCGCACACAAGAGGACCACUCAAACUGGACCAAAGAGAACUUUUACUAUGUCGUCUGAAUUCAAUUUAUUCAGACGUGUUUUUCUGGGAAUGUUGUGACCUGAAGUUUCAAUAAAAGCCGUAAAACUGUACUAAAUACUUUUAGGUUUUGUGCAACGUGUAAAUAAAAGCUUUGUUUAA